AGAGGGCCACGAUUGUCCUGGCAGCCCCGCUCCGGCCCAGGGAAGUGGCGGGACCUUGGCUGCGCCCCGGGAGGGCUCAGCGCUCUUCGAGGGACUUCGGGGCCCGAAGGGCUGGGGCCCGGCCGCCGAGCGGAGUUGGCAUUUCCAGAUUGGGGCUCGGGCCGCCCCUUCUCCAGGACCCUCCCCUCCGGACCGCGCUAGACGCCGCGGGCGAUCCGGGUUGACUCUCCUGGCGCGAAGUUAGAAAAAAAUGCACUUCAGAAGAUGAUUUACAACAAUUCGCAACAGAAGAACGACAUUAAGAAAAUAUUGUGAACGUAAGAAUUGAGGUCCUCAGAGUAUCAAAAGAGGAAGGGUGGACAAGUCCUAUUUUCAGGAGAAGAUGACUUUUAACAGUUUUGAAGCAUCUAAACCUUGUGUACCUGCAGAUCUCAGUAAGGAUGAAGACUUUGUAGAAGAGUUUAAUAGAUUAAAGACUUUCGCUAAUUUUCCAAGUAAUAGUCCUGUCUCGGCAUCAACGCUGGCACGAGCGGGUUUUCUGUAUACCGGCGAAGGAGACACUGUGCGCUGCUUCAGCUGCCACGCAGCAGUAGAUAGAUGGCAAUAUGGAGACUCAGCGGUUGGACGACACAGGAAAGUAUCCCCAAAUUGCAGAUUUAUCAAUGGCUUUUAUUUUGAAAGUCAUGCUGCGCAACCUACAAACCCUGGUAUCCAAAAUGGUCAGUAUAAAGCUGAAAGCUAUCUGGGAAACAGAAAUCAUUUUGUUGUAGACAGGCCAUCUGAGACUCACGCAGACUAUCUUUUGAGAACUGGACAGGUCGUAGAUAUAUCAGACACCAUAUACCCGAGGAACCCUGCCAUGUAUAGUGAAGAAGCUAGAUUAAAGUCAUUUCAGAACUGGCCAGACUAUGCCCACCUGACCCCAAGAGAGUUAGCUAGCGCUGGACUCUACUACACAGGUAUUGAGGAUCAAGUGCAGUGCUUUUGUUGUGGCGGAAAACUGAAAAAUUGGGAACCUUGCGAUCGUGCAUGGUCAGAACACAGGCGGCACUUUCCUAAUUGCUUCUUUGUUUUGGGCCGGAAUGUGAAUGUUCGAAGUGAAUCUGAUGUUGUGAGUUCUGAUAGGAAUUUCCCAAACUCGACAAAUGCUCCAAGAAAUCCAGCCAUGGCAGAUUAUGAAGCACGGAUCGUUACUUUUGGGACGUGGAUGUACUCCGUUAACAAGGAGCAGCUUGCAAGAGCUGGAUUUUAUGCUUUAGGGGAAGGUGAUAAAGUAAAAUGCUUUCACUGUGGAGGAGGGCUAACUGAUUGGAAGCCCAGUGAAGACCCUUGGGAACAACAUGCUAAGUGGUAUCCAGGGUGUAAAUAUCUGUUAGAAGAGAAGGGACAAGACUAUGUAACCAAUAUUCAUUUAACCCAUUCACUUGAGGACUCUAUGGUAAGAACUGCUGAAAAAAUGCCAUCAUUAACCAAAAGAAUUGAUGAUGCCAUCUUCCAAGAUCCUAUGGUACAGCAAGCUAUACGAAUGGGAUUCAAUUUCAGAGACAUUAAGAAAGUAAUGGAAGAAAAAAUUCAGACAUCUGGGAGCAACUAUAAAUCACUUGAGAUUCUGGUUACAGACCUAGUGAGUGCUCAGAAAGACAAUACACAGGAUGAACCAAGCCAGACCUCAUUGCAGAAAGAGAUUAGUGCCGAAGAGCAGCUAAGGCUCCUGCAAGAGGAGAAGCUUUGCAAAAUCUGUAUGGAUAGAAAUAUUGCUGUGGUUUUUAUUCCUUGUGGACAUCUGGUCACUUGUAAACAAUGUGCUGAAGCAGUUGACAAAUGUCCCAUGUGCUACACAAUCAUUACUUUCAAGCAAAAAAUUUUUAUGUCUUAAUCUAACUCUACAGUUAGGCGCAUUAUGUUCUUCUCAUUACCCUGAUUGAGUGUGUGAUGUGAACCGACUUUAAGUAAUCAGCAUUGAAUGCCAUUAACAUUUGCUACCAAGUAGACAAAAUGUAAAGUAUGCUGCUCUAGUUUGUAAUCUAAAAUAUGAAUUUCUGGAUUGGAUUUGAGGGAGAUAUUAGCUAUGUUAUAUAUCUUAUUUUUUUUACUGUUAUUUAAUUGAAAGCUAGGCUAAGCAUCAUAUUGUAACUGACUGCAGUGUGUAUUUGUAGUACACUAACUUGGUUUCUAAGUGUAAGUGAAUUAAUCAACUGAAUUUCUCAUUCUUUUCAUAUAGGCUUAACAAAUGGAGCAUUCUGUGUAAACGUGGAGAUUAGAGUUAAUCUCCCCAAUCACAUAAUUUGUUUUGUGUGAAAAAGGAAUGAACUGUUCCACACUGGUGGAAAGAUAGAGAUUAUUUUUAGACGUUUGUCUUUGUGUUUUAGGAUUCUGUCCAUUCUCUUUUAAAAUUACACACACGUGCUUGGGUGGGUGAUUUUAAAAAAUGAUUUUGCCAUUGUCAAAAGGGUAUUUAAGGAUAGAAUAGCAUGUAGCCAACACGUACUGACAUGGAAAGAUGUCAGAGCUACAUUAA